AUGUCUCUGAACCAGAUGCAAAUCAAGCAGGAGCUGCAGCUCCCCCCCGGUUUGGGUAAAACCACCCCAAAACAGAGCCCGGAGCAUCCCCAAGUCCCGGUGCCCGAGCCGCUGCCGGAAAAGGCGAAAUUCCCAGAAAAGGCGAUCCCAGAAGCGGGAAAAGGGGAAACUGCCCUGCCCCAGGAGCAGCAAACCCAAAUCCCCGCGGCGUUCCCGAACCCCGAACCUGCUCCGCGCCAGGAACCCACGCUGGAGAAGCAGGAGGUCAAGGAGAUCCCGGUUCCCGUCCCCGUUCCCUGCGCCCAGGAGAAGCAGCAGCACCAGGAAAUCCCGGUGUCCAUCCCAGAAAAACAGGAAAAACAGGAGUGCAAGGAAAUCCCGGUGUCCAUCCCAGAAAAACAGGAGCGCAAGGAGAUCCCGGUGUCCAUCCCAGAAAAACAGGAAUGCAAGGAAAUCCCAGUUUCCAUCCCCGACCCUGUCCAGUGUGCCCAGGAAAAGCAGGAAUGCAAGGAAAUCCCGGUGUCCAUCCCGGAAAAACAGGAAAAGCAGGAAUGCAAGGAAAUCCCGGUGUCAAUCCCAGAAAAACAGGAGUGCAAGGACACCCCUGUCCCCAUCCCAGUUUCAAACCCUGAACCCACCCCGUGUUCCCAGGAAAAGCAGGAAUGCAAGGAAAUCCCGGUGUCCAUCCCAGAAAAACAGGAAUGUAAGGAAAUCCCGGUGUCCAUCCCAGAAAAGCAGGAAAAACAGGAAUGUAAGGAAAUCCCAGUGUCAAUCCCAGAAAAACAAGAAUGCAAGGAAACCCCGGUGUCCAUCCCAGAAAAACAGGAGUGCAAGGACACCCCAGUCCCAGACCCCAUCCCCUCUUCCCAGGAAAAGCAGGAAUUCCAGGAGAUCUCAGACCCCGUCCCAUCUUCCCAGGAAAAGCAGGAAUUCCAGGAGAUCCCGGUGCCCGUCCCGGAUCAGCAGCAGCGCUCCAUUCCCGAGAAAUUCCCUCCGCUGGAGCAGCAGCUGGAGCAGCCCGGCCCUUGGCAGAAAUAG